CAAUGUCAAAUGUCAAUAUCAUUAGGUGAAUUUUUGUUUGUAAUUUUCACUGCAUUUUAUAAUUUUAUUAGGGUUUUAGAGUAAAAACAGAAGAAAAUUUGUAAAAAUUAAUAAUAUCAUGAUAAGAUUGGUCUAAAAGUUGGCGUGAUGGCAUUUUUAGAGUGGCGUCGUUUUACCUUUUUUGAUAUUCAUAACAACAUAGACAAUGGGAAGAUCGCAGAAUGCCUUCAAGACACCAGUGUAACAGUAGCAACCAGUGGCAACAACCAUGUGAUUCUAUGCGACGUGACCGGCUGGGCGCAUCUUAUUUCUCGAACGUGGGAGAUCACAUCAUUCAAGGCAUAUGACUUGACGGUUAGCCUAGGUCAGCAGUUGCCACACGAUCCAUACUUGGUUACAAUUGGGGAAGAUGAAGCUGGAGUGACUCCACUAAUUAAAGUAUGGGACUGGUCGCGAAUGGACAGGCAUGGAAACCCAAAAUGCGUGCGAACGUCGCGCGCCGUGCCUUCGCAUAUGUAUCCCACACAGGCGACUGCGCUUGCGGUGCACGAUAAUAAGAAUCUUCUUGCAGUUGGUUUUCAAGAUGGCUCAGUCACGUUAUACCGCGGUGAUAUAGCUAGACAGCGCAGUGGCAAGAUGAAAACUUUGCCUGACACUGGAUCUAGCCCAAUAACUGGGCUUGCAUUCAAGGGCGCGGACAAGUUGUUCGUAGUAUCCCGCGCAUGCGUGAUGGUGUGCUGGCUGGGCAGCGAGCGCUGUGUCGUGCUGGACGCCAUGGGCGCCGCGCCCGCCUGCAGCGUGCUGGCCGACGGUCACCGCCUCACCGUCGCGACUACCGACGCCAUAUACUGCUACACUACUGAUGGUCGUGGUCCAUGCUAUGCCCUCGAAGGGGAGAAACUUAGGCUAAACUGGUUCCGCAGCUAUUUAGUCAUAACCACCAACGAGACUUCCAACAAAGCCUCCAGUUCCACCACCACACCAAAAUCCAACCACUUAACUAUACUGGACAUACAGAACAAAUUCAUAGUAUUUUCCAAAUCGUUUGAAGAAAUCGACGCGGUAUUAACAGAAUGGGGGUCGUUCUAUAUAUUGACGAAGAAAAAGGAGAUGAUAUAUUUGAAUGAAAAGGAUUUACAGUCGAAACUGUCAAUGUUGUUCAAGAAGAAUUUGUAUGAUGUAGCUAUAAGGAUAGCUAGCAGCCAGCACUAUGAUGUCGAGGGUUUAAUGGAGAUCUACAAGCAGUAUGGUGACCAUUUGUAUAGUAAGGGAGAUCUGAAAGGAGCGAUAGACCAAUACGUAAAAACAAUAGGCUGGUUGGAAACCUCAUACGUAAUCCGCAAAUACUUAGAAUCCCGUCAUUUGGAACCUCUAGUCCAAUACCUAGAAGUCCUCCAUAAGAAAGGGUUCGCGACGGAAGACCACACCACUUUGCUGCUAACCUGCUACGUGAAGAUAGAUCAGCACGACCAACAGGGAAAGUUGAAAGAUUUCAUCAAUUCCAAGGAUAAAGCGAUUGAUUUUGAUGUGGACGUCGCCAUAAAGGUGGUACGUCAGGUAAGCGUAACCGACGCGCUCUCUUUAGCAGAGAACCACAAACGCCACGAUUGGUACCUCAAAAUGGUGAUAGAGGAUAAGAAGGAGUUCAAACAGGCACUCUCGUACAUUGCCAACCUCGAGUAUGAGGACGCGGAUAUGUAUAUGAAGAAGUAUGGACACAAAUUGAUUAACCACGAGCCUGAAGAGAGCACUAAACUUCUGAAGCUGCUCUGUACAGACUACAAACCGCGUGACCGUCUGUUGGUAGACGAGAACUCGCUAUCCGGUAGAUUCACAGAGCCGGACCGGUCGUAUGCGGACGACUUCAUACACAUGUUCCUCAGCAACUCGGAGAAACUCAUCGAUUUCUUGGAGCACAUGGUAUCCGUGGACGCCCAGUGCUCUACUUUGGUAUACAACACGUUGAUAGAACAUUAUAUUCACGUUUGGGGCAAAUCACCAGAGAGCGAUAAGAAAACUUAUGAGCAAAAAAUAUUAACGAUACUAAAGGAUCCCGACGCGAAUUUUGACCGGGACCAAAUACUCAUCAUGUGCCAGAUGCUGGGAUUCAAAUCUGGCAUCUUGCAUUUAUAUGAAGAUAGUAAAUUAUAUCGUGCGCAAGUUGCUUUGCUCCUGCGCUCGGGUGACGCGGAGCGCGCGCUGAGCGUGUGUCGCAAGCGCGGCGCGGCGUGCCCGAGGCUGUGGCUCGACGUGCUGUGGGCGCCGCCGCCGGCAUCGUGUCUGCCCGAGUUGUCGCACGUUGCGGCUACUGAAAAACUUCUGUCACCAAUUCUAGUCGUCGAUUGCCUUGCUAGCACACCAAAUUAUACCCUCGGAGAUGUUAGAAAAUAUCUAAUGGACGUCCUAAAGUCUGAGGACGACGUAAUUACUCGGGAACAAGAGCUAGCAGCCAAAUAUAAGUCUGAAAUAGAGAAGAUGAAAGCCCAGAUCCAGGUGAUCCAGAAUGAGCCGGUCACCUUCCAGAGCUCCCGCUGCGCCGCCUGCAGCAGACCGCUGGAACUGCCCUCCCUGCACUUCCUCUGCCAGCAUUCAUACCACCAGGACUGUUUCCAAACGUACUCGGACAACGAGCACGAAUGUCCGUCGUGCGUGACCAGCGCGGGCGGCAACAGGGCGUCCAUGCCGCCCCCUCCCGCCGCCGAGCAGCUGCACUCGAGGCUACACGCCGACCACGACCCUUUCACAGUGGUAUCAGAAUACUUCGGGCGUGGGCUCUUCAACAAGGUGACAGUGGUGACGGAGCCGCCCGAACCGACAGUCACUCUGCCUGCACCUACACUUGCACCUGCACCCACACCCGCACCUGUCUCCGUGCAGACAUACGGGCCGGGUGCAGAGGCUAAGCUGAGGCUGCAAGAGGGACAGAGUAAACAGGUGUUCAUACCAAACACAACAAAGCAAGUGGCACCAAAAGGCACCUCCGUAAUACCCGUCCCAGAAGGCAGAAUGAGACUCAUCGAGCAACAGCAGUACGCCUCCAGCCUGGAAGCAAACCUCACCAGGUUAGAGCCCAAAGUACACAAAUCCCCAUACGUCUCCCCCGUACCACCCAGAAAGACCGAAAGGAUACCCCAAAAUAUUUCAACAGCCAUAACCAAUGACGCUAAAAACCCUUUUGAUGAGACAUACGAUGAAUCUAAAAAUCCGUUUGCAGAUGAAGAUAGCAAAAAUCCUUUUUGCGUGAAGUUUCUAAGGAAUAUUUUGGGUCAAUGUUUUAUUGAAAAACUGAAAGAUCUGAAAAGACAUAGACAUCAGUAAUAUUUUUACUAAAAGAGAUGUUUUAAGAAUGUGUGGACCUUCAGUUAAGCCUUGUGCUUUAGUCAAAAAUAGCCAAGAUACCUUAAAACAGUGUUUAAGUAUAACAUUUUCUUUGAAAUGGCUUUGUUUGCUGGUACGAAACAAGAAUUUACGCAUUUGUAUUGCAACACAGACCAUCAUGGCCAUUAGUGUACCAAACCUAGCCCGAUUUGAAACAUCUACUUUGAUGUAUUUUUUAAAAUAUUCGAAAUAAAUUACAGUUUAGUCCAGCUAGGAAAGUGUGGAUUUUUCGCCGAAUAUAGAUAUGGCAAUAUUUCCAAUGGGGCAAAAUGACUGAUGUUUUAGAAUAAUUAUUACUGAAAGAACAUACGAAAAACUGUUUAUUUAUACUAUUCGUAGUCUGUAGAUGUGUAUUUAUAAUAAGUUAAACUUACAUAAUAAUUUUUCUUUUCACUUCUCUAUUUUCAUGUAAGUACACAUAUUAUCUACUAGAUGAUGCUCGCGGCUUUGGCCGCUCGCGUGGAUGUAGGUUUUUAAAAAAUCUCGUGGAAAUCCUUUUUAAUACAGGGUUAAAAAGUAGCCUAUGUACAUUCCCGGAUGUGAAUUACCUACCUAUCUCUGUACAAAUUUCGUCGUAAUUGGUUAAACGAAUGGACCGUGGAAAGCUAGCAGACAGUCAGACACACUUUCGCAUGUAUAAUAUUAGUAUGGAUAUUUACUAUCAAGAACUUCCAAGGAAUAAUUUCUAAUACAAUAAUGUCAAUAAUACUAGAGCAAGAAUGUAUUAUUUUUUAUUCUAAAGCAAUGCUUACUCGCUUUUAGAAACUUGUAUAUAAAUUCAUCUAUCUACGAUGUAACAUUCCUAUGUACCUACAUUGAUUUUUUAUAACUAUUAUAUAAGUUUGCCAUUUCACUGAGACGGCUCGUAAGGUAGUGUCCACGAUGCGAGAGAGUGACAGUUGACACAAAACGUAGGUUGUCUUGACAGACACGACAGACGGACAGACAGACAACAAAGUGAUCUUAUAAGGGUUCCGUUUUUUAUUUUGAGGUACGGAACCUUAAAAAUCAAGGAAUUCAACGAUGGUGUUACCCUUCCGCUCGCACUCAACGCCACGAACCGUGUCAGUCAAGCGGCACACCUUUAAUGUACACUAUAAUAUUAUAUCUGUAACAUAACUAUGUCAAUAUUGUGAUAUUAUAGAAUAAUAAAAGCGUGUCUUAUAUAAUA